AUGAAAUUCCGUUCACUGCCCUGGUGUCUAAAUGUCGUCGCUGCCAUCGCUGCCGUCACAGGCAGCGCCAGCGCGACUACUUGGAAUAGUGGAAACCCGCUGGCCACUUCAGAUCAGCGGGAACUGGAUGCUCUUGCAAUCGAGAUCAGCGAAUCCAACAGCUUCGUGGUCCUGAAGGCGGAAGCAAAAGCGGCAUACAAAACAGCCCAUGGACUUCCUCUGAGCGAGGAAGCUUCCUCAAGUCUCGAUACAGCCAUCGACGAAUUGGCAUUCAGCGCCAUUCAGAAAGCCGUCAACACAGAUGUGUACCACCCCAAGGUCUACUGGUAUGAUUCUGCUCCACGGAAUUGGUUCGGUCUUGACGUCCCUGGCGGCCGGUAUUCCUACGAUAACCCAGACUGUAUCUACCGCACCAUUCCAAUCAGCAGCAGUCUCAGUUAUAUUGUGACAGGCUACCGUCACUCGCCGGGACCGGCCGACGUGACCUUCUCGCUCAUUAGUAACCCCAACUCUCAAAAUACCGUGGCAAGCCUCGCUGGAAGCGACCUCGUUGUCAACAGCGAUGGCUCAUAUACCAUUACCAUCAAUAGCUCGACUGCCGAUGGCACGACGAACCAUAUCCAAUCCACUUCGCUAGCCAAACAACUCUUGAUCCGCAAUAACCUUGGAGAUUGGGUAAACGAGAAGCCCGACAGCCUCUCCGUUACCCCUGUCGACGACACCUCAAACCACGCCAAUAUAACCACUACAGCGAUCGUUUUGUCAGCAUGGGACAACUUGCAAGAAUCCGUCAUAGACUAUGGCGUAGGCGCGCUUGGUCUCAAGACCUACAUCAAUGCAGUCAACACAUUCUCAAGCCCCAGUCAGUCAAGUACCCUUGGCACACUGACCAGCCAAGCGAGCUCAUUCAGCCAUUUCAACCUGAGCACCGACGAGGCCCUUGUCGCUACACUAACCGCAGGCCCGUCGGAUUACUUCGUCUUCCCGGUGACCAAUCCCUGGUCAAUAACCCUUGAUCCAGGGACCAGUCAGAACAGUCUCAAUAGCGUGCAGGCAGUCGCAAACGCCAAUGGGUCGUACACAUUCGUCGUAGCCCUGACGGAUCCAGCUGUCUAUAAUUGGGUCAAUACGACUGGGCUCCAUGAGGGUACGAUCAUGGUGCGCUGGCAGGGUCUACCUUCUUCGUCGUCGAACAACACUGUCACUAUUGACUCUCAGGUGGUCCCGCUUUCUGAGCUGUCUUCUGUUCUUCCUAGUGGAACGCAUUAUGUUACUUUGGAGGAGCGCGCAUCGCAACUUGCCCAACGUGUUGCGGGAUUUUCGCAGAGGAUAGAGACCUAG